AUGGCAACUUAUUGCGAAGUUUGUUCUUUACAAUUAAAUAACGAUUAUGCAUUUAGAACUCACUUAACAGGCAAGAAACAUUUAAAAAAUUAUCAACAAAAAGAAUUUCAAAAGAAGAUCCUUGAAAACUCUAUAUUUGUUUCUCCUAUACCAAGAUAUUUUACUGCAUGUAAAUUAAUCGAGUUUUUUCUACAAUUCGGCUCCAUAGACAGUUACAAAAUUGGAGCGAAUUAUGCUAUUAUAACGUUUAAUAAGAGAGAACCCGUGAACUACUUACUAAACAAUCCUAUCUGGAUAAACAAAACAAAAUUGGAUAUUAAAAGAAGAACAUUGAACAAUCCAAAGAAGAUGUGCAACGCUAAUCCAACCGAGGUAGCGAAAGUUAUAGAUUACGAUUCUAUAAAGACUAUAUUUGAGGAAGAAACUACGUUUGACAAUCAGCUCGCUGCAUUUUUGAAUGCAGUACUUCUUAGCAAUGCCGAGGUUGAGACACGAUAUGAAAAUAUCUGUAAAUCUUUGAGUCUUAUAUUUGCAUCCGUAUUUCCUAAUUGUCAAACGUAUAGAUUUGGAUCUACGCAGACAGGACUAGGAUUUAAGGAAUGCGACUUGGACAUCUAUAUGGAUAUUGGCGUGCCGAUAUGUGAAAGUAAAAAUAGUCCUUGGACAAUGAGGAAGGUAUUUAAAGAAGUAAAAUCUAUCAUGUACAAGAUAAACAAUGUAUUCACCGACAUAGUGCCAAUACUGAAAGCGAAAACUCCUAUUAUAAAGUUUUAUCACGUCCCAACAAAGAUCUCCUGCGAUAUUUCCUUUAAAAAUGGUUUUGGCAUAUAUAACAGUGAUCUAAUAAAACACUGCCUAUCGCUUGACAUGAGAUUAAAGCCAUUAAUGAUUCUUAUAAAGUAUUGGGCAAGACAAUGUAAAAUAUCCGGUUGUGGAAAGAUAUCUAAUUAUGCGCUAAUAAUGUUGAUCAUUUUUUAUCUGCAACAAGCAGAGCCAAGCAUACUUCCGCCUUUAAAGGAAUUUCAGAAAACGUGCGUACCAAAAAUUGUUAACGGUUGGCAAGUAAACUUUGAUGAGAAUAUGGUAUCGCCAGCAAUUGUCAACAGCAACAACAUACCUCAACUUCUGCUAGGUUUUUUCGAAUACUACAUUAAUUUUCAAUUCAAAACGAACGUCGUCUGUCCCUGGGAUGGUAUAUCUCAUACAAAAGAGGAAUUCAUCGAAGUAGACAAGUUGCCAAACUAUAUGGCACGGUAUAAAGAAAUUGCAAUAACGGAAGAUCUUAAGCUUGACAUUGGUAAAUUCGUUUGCAUUCAAGACCCGAUUGAAUUAAAUCGUAAUGUUGCCGCCUCUACGUCGCAACGAACCAUAACAUUGUUUCAAGAAUAUUGCAAAGUGGGCGCGGACCUUUGUACGUCGGAGCGUGUGGACAAUUACAAAAAUCUUUUAGAAUAUCUAUUUACAUCCGUAUCUAAACCAAAUAACGACAAUAUACAGAUAGUUAUAGCAAUACAUGCUGGACCAUAUCUGAGUAUCGGUUUGCCAGAUAAUUUCGAAGAGCGCGAGGACAUAAUUAAUAAAGAGCAAUACAAAAGAGAUAAUUGGUAUUUUAUAGUAUUCAAUCUAGUAAAAGACAUCUUUGAAAAAGUGUAUAAACUAAAAGUAGAAGUACUUUCUGCCGACAAAGAAGCCAAGCAACAAAAAAUUGAAAUCCUGUCGGAUGUACAUACAAAAGAACAUAAGCAGUUUUUGUUGCACUGUGUGGGAACCAAAUGUAUAUGGUCCAAUAGAAAAGCCGGUGCAGUUAAUCCAAAUCCAAGCAUGAGCGCCUUGGACAGAGAAGCAAGCAUAUCGGACAACGUACUAGAAGAGAACCGUAAAAGAGGUCGUCUCAGAGAAGUAAAACUAGACUUUAUAUGUAAAUUUGAGAAGAAAGAGAACCCAGUGCACGUCCAAUUAGAACUGAUUAACAAGAAUAGUAGAGCGAAACUUUUUAAGGAGUUUGGAUACGCAGUUAGAGACAAAAUACGAAGAAUUGCUAUGAAUACUUUAUUGCAUAUGCUACAACAUGAGAAGCAGUACUUACAGUUUUUAAGCGAAAUGAGUGAUGUCGCCAAGAUGGAAGAGUUUUAUACGACUACCAUUAAAAAGGAGAUCGAUAGCGAAGCUGAUGAUACGUCGCAAGAACACCAAUCUACCGUUGUGAAAAAAGAGUCUAUCAUCAAGAGUACCAACGAAGACGUGCAACGUGCCAUCGAAGGUCUCAAGGAGAUACCAGAUGAAGAACUGCAAGAGUUCUUAGACGACGACUUUAUGGAAGGUCUCAAUGUCGUCGACGCUUGGGAAGGAGAGGAAGACAGGAAUCGCGAGGAGCAAAAGCCUCGAAUUAAAGAGCACGAAGAAAGGCAACCAUCUAGGGAGCGCUAUCGCAGAGAACGUAAACGGUCUUACAGUCGUGAGAAACCAAAACGAGAGGAAAAGAAACGCGAGGAGAUUCGGCGAGACCCUUCUAAGAGCACAAAGGACAUAGAGAGAGAUAAAAUGCGUACGAAAAGGGACAACGAGAGUAAGUUGUUGGCGGAGAAAGAAAAAGCCAUAAAACACCUGCUCGAUUCGGACAACGUGGUACCACCGGGCACCGAAAGCGAAGCUAUUCAGAGUAUCACGGAUAAGCAAAACGAGGAACGAGUACAAAUGCGUAGUCGAAGAAGUAGAGAACGUCGUAGAAGUCCGGAAAGAGCAAAGUUAAGUCCAGUACGUAGAAAAAGUUACGAUCGGUUCAGAGCAAGCCCGCACAGAAGAAUUUUGAGUCCUGUCCGUCGUAGAAGUCCGUUCAGAAUGAGCCCGGAAAAAAGGAGAAGUUCGCCGAGGAUAAAUUGCGAUCGUAGAAGUCCUCUCGUAUUAUCGCCCGAGAGACGAAGAAGUCCGUACAGGCGAUUAAGUUGGGAACGAAGAUUGAGCGCGGAUAGAAGAUGGAGCGCCGAACGACAUAGGAGAAGAACGGAAAUGCACGAACGACGAAGAAGUCGAUCUCGUGAUCGGCAACGAAGUCGCAGCAUGGAACGUUUCCGAAGAAGGUCCCGUUCGCCGAUCAACAGGAGGUACAGUCCAAGACGUCGAAGUCGUACGCGCAGCAGGUCGUUGGAACGACGUACCAGGAAACGAUCGCCCUUCAUCAACGAACUCGCGAGGCAGUUGCGAAACGAAGCGAUGAUAUCGAAUUCUACGUACAUAUCGGCGUCGUCGAUGGAAGGGAUAUCGCCGAUCAUGAACGCGCCUGUGUACACGCAGGAGGCGGAAGUUCGAGCACCGUUGUCGCAGCCUUACAUGCAUCAGGGUGGGCCACCGACGACGGCGCAACCACCGCAACCGCCUCCACCGCCUUCCGUUCUGCCGAUGCCGUCGGGUGUGCCGCAAUUCAUCAAUUUCGAUAUUCCCGCACCCCCGCCGUCUAUGGGCUUCGACGCCGCUUCUUUACAUCCGAUGCCACCCGCUCACUAUUCCUCCGGACCCGUGAUGUACAAUCACAAUGCGGUACAAACGAACGCGGGAAUGACGACGCAAACGGGACCCAGAACUGCCCUACUACCGACGCCGCAACAAGCCACCCCACAGCCGGUGCCUGCACCAGGAACGAUGGAUCACCAGGUCAUGGGAUACGUUCCGCAACACGGAUUACCUCCGGUCGUCUCGCACCUAGACCCAUCCAACAACGCCGGCAAGCCCUCCAACGCGUCCGUGGUCCUUCCGCCUUCUUCUCCAAACUACAAAGACCGUAGGCCGUCGCUAUCCUCGCACAACGGAUUCCAGCCUCGCGAAGAACGCUUGAAGACUCCCGAACCGCCCGUCAUCUCCGAUACCAAACAAUUCGAAAAGACCAGCUUGUCCAGUCUACUGGAAGCGUCUGUUUCCGCUAAAGAUUCGUCUAGUCCUCCGGUCUUGUAUCCAGGAUUCAAGCCAGAAAUACUACGGCAUUGCGAGCACGCGCUACGUGAACUUCCGAUCGAAGAUCCACGUUUAAAAAUGAAGGGCAGAUUUUUCUUUGACCCUAACAAGGGAGACAGUAACAACAAGUACGAGGAAUACCCUUCGAACUCCGUACUCUUGCAGAAAGGCAAGAACAAGAUAUAUUGGGAGGAGGAUGACGUGCAACAGUACAACGCGACCGUGACGAAGCAAGCCGUGCAAACUCACCAAAAGAUUUGUCAGACCGAGGAGAUCGAGACCGACACCAAGUACGUGGAAGCGCGCGUCGAUAUGGUCGAUUUCGAGAUGCAAGUGUAUCCGGACGACAUCGAGGAGGUCGCCAAAGAGGAAAGGAAAUCGAUCAUGGAUAGACUCGAUUGGAAGAUACGAGAUAAACAUCGAGAGACGGACGACCUAAGGUGGAGCUUGAGCAAUUCGUCGCAGAAACGUCCGUGGAAGAAGGGAUCGUCGCCUGGCAGAAGGUCGGCCGAGCGCGAGCAUCAUCUCGAAACCGUACCGUCGCCCGAACAUCCAUCGAGAAACUUUAAAAUGGACUCCCCUAUGAGAAGUAGAGACAGCUAUUCCAGUCACAGGGGAUCGUUUCGCGAUCAUUACGACAGAUAUUCGCCGAAUUGCAGACGCUCGACGAACAUGGACGAUUUUCGCGAGAAUAGAAGCGAUCGUAGUCACGGCGAAAGCCCGAUGAAACUGGAGGAUUCCGAGGAAGAUUCGGACGACACGUUUACAUUCCAAAGAGAGAUAUGGGAUUGGUACGGAAGAGGGAAAUCGUUGCGAGGGAAGACUAAUGCGACGAGAGGGAAAUAUUCGGGAGGUAGACCGUAUCGCGGACGAUGCGCUUUCCACAAGUUCUAAUCUCAUAUAGAUUAUACGUGUAGUAGAGUAAAUAUAUUGGAAACAAUUAUACUGCGAGGAUGCACAGUCCGACGUACGAAAUCGAUGGUUAACGGUAUAAGAGUCGGACUGUGUGUCGUUGUUAAGAAAAAAAGAAAAAAAAAGAAAAGAAAAGAAAAGUCGUCGCGUACGUUAUAUAUAUGUAUGUAUGUAUGUAUGUAUACGUAUACGUAUGUAUCAACGAUUAACUGUAUCGGUCGGCGACCGACGAGUUCGAGCGUAACAUUUUUUCUACGCGCGAAAGACACGCGAACCCGUCGACGAAGUGCGCGCGUGAGUUUUCAAAAGUGCGAGCGCAGAGAGGGGAAACGCGAUUUACUUGCUCUGCACAAAAAAAAGAAAAAAAAAAGAAAUACCGUAAUACGGUGCCUACGAAAAGCAUCGAGUCGCAAUCCGUUUUUUCGCCAUGACUCUUUUUACAUUCUUGCGGCUCUUUCGUUUGUUUUUAUAUCAUUUUACCGAAAAGCCAACGCGCGAGAGAAGAACAAAAGUACAUUUUUCAUACCGAUCGCUUUUGCGUACGGUCGUCGCAAAAAAUCGGUUGCGUCGACGUCUUUCGUGGCUAUCGUAUGUCGUUCGAAGGAACAGCCAGGAAAAGCUUUUAGCUUUUCUACCAAUGGAAAGAUUAUGUUUUUUCAAAUAUACACUUACACCGAUGAUCCUUUA